AGUGCACGUUCUACUUGUAAACCUACAGCAGGGUGACUGUGCGCGCUCCCGUGACGCUCUCGCCAUAGAAAACAAAGCUGAACGUCUUCCAUAAUAGCGAGGGGUGCAGACUGAGGACUACACGACAUUUAUCCAGGCCAUUAAAGGCUGAAUAUGGAUUUACAACGGGCGUAGCAUAGUUGGAAACCAGGCCUUCUCGGCUGGGGUGACGACAGGACAUUAGCGAACCGACGAAAAUAACACCAGUGUUUUUUUUCUCGGGGUGCUUUGUCUUGUCCACCUACCGACAGCAAACCACCGUUCCCGUUUCAAUCGCAACACAGCUAGUGAUUACUACUAGCUGCAGCCGGGAUGUAUAAUCAUGUUACUACCUAAAACUGCCUGGUAGGAAGACGGAGUGUGUAGGAAAAGCAAAACCCUUUCCUUGAUCCCAGCCGGUUGUCACUGGGACCCGAAUCUGUGUUAGCCACAGUCGCGGAGCCUCUGUUUUCGGCGAUAUGGCGGAGCAGGGCUACUCAUCUUGGGCGUACUCCCUGGUGGACUCCAGCCAGGUGUCUACCUUCCUCAUCUCCAUCCUCCUCAUCGUCUAUGGCAGCUUCAGAUCAUUAAACAUGGACUGUGAGAACCAGGAGAAGGAUAAAGAUGGGAAUCCCACCACAACAGGGUCUUUCAACAACAGCAACACAAACAACAGUAUUCAGACCAUAGAUUCAACACAGGCCCUGUUCCUACCAAUCGGAGCGUCUGUGUCUCUGCUAGUCAUGUUCUUCUUCUUUGACUCUGUACAGGUGGUGUUCACCAUCUGCACUGCAGUUCUUGCAACAAUUGCAUUUGCAUUCCUCCUGUUGCCAAUGUGCCAGUAUCUGACUCGACCCUGUGCCCCACAAAACAAGAUUUCCUUUGGGUGCUGUGGGCGCUUCACACUGGCAGAGCUGCUGUCCUUCUCCCUGUCUGUGAUGUUGGUGCUCAUCUGGGUGCUGACUGGACACUGGCUGCUCAUGGAUGCUUUAGCCAUGGGGUUGUGUGUUGCGAUGAUUGCCUUUGUGCGACUGCCCAGUCUGAAGGUAUCCUGUCUGCUGCUGUCGGGGCUGCUCAUCUAUGAUGUGUUUUGGGUGUUUUUUUCAGCCUAUAUCUUCAAUAGUAAUGUGAUGGUUAAAGUGGCCACCCAGCCUGCUGAAAAUCCCAUAGACGUAUUGUCCCGGAAGCUUCAUUUGGGGCCAGGGAUGGGCCGAGAUGUCCCUCGUCUCUCUUUACCAGGAAAAUUGGUCUUUCCCAGUUCCACAGGAAGUCACUUCUCAAUGCUGGGGAUUGGUGACAUUGUGAUGCCAGGACUGCUACUAUGUUUCGUCCUGCGAUACGACAACUACAAGAAACAAGCAAAUGGAGAGGUGCCAGGGCCUGCCAACAUGUCAGGGAGGAUGCAGCGGGUUUCUUAUUUCCACUGCACUCUCAUUGGUUACUUUGUGGGUCUGCUGACAGCCACUGUGGCCUCUAGGAUUCACCGUGCUGCUCAGCCCGCUCUGCUCUACCUGGUGCCCUUCACCCUGCUGCCUCUGCUUACCAUGGCCUACCUGAAGGGAGACCUGCGGCGCAUGUGGUCGGAACCCUUCCACCCAAAGACCAGCUCGCGUUUCCUGGAGGUAUGAUGCUCUUUGGGAGUGGAGACAAGCGGACAAGUGCGACGUGCGGACCCUUCUAUUUGGUGUAGAGGGAGACGGCACACACAGUGAGGCCAUGGUCAUCACUCAUGCUUUCUGCCAGUCUUCUGUGAAACCCUCUGAACACCAGUGCGGACCACAACUCAUCCUCGGACCCAGACUUUGCCCACUUUCCUCAUUGUUGCUUCUUUCUCAUUUUGUUUGUAGCCCUCACUAUGGUCAAAAGCAUUUAGUUGUACGGGAUUUCUAUCACAUCUCAUCUCAUUUAAAAGACCUCGUUCUCAAUUUUUUAAAUAUUUGCUGCAUCAGUUAACCACUCGGACAACCUCUACGGUCCUGCCCCCUUUUUGUGGACUUCGAGUUGUGAGACCAGUCUGGGGUUUCUGUAUUUUUUUUUGCAUUGUCAUUGUCCUUAUUAUUAUAAUGAUUAAUAUUAUGGAACAAUUUAAAGUGAUACACACAGCCGAAUGGAGUGUUGCUGUUGUACAGGACAGUGCAAAGGUGGAGUGGCCCUCCAGUGUGUCCUUCUUUGCCCCUGCCUUUCAUCAGACAACACCUUUCAUCUGCUGCCCCUUUCCCAGCCCUCACAAAUAACUAUGUAUUUUAUUUAGAAAAGUUUUAUUCUUGGCAUAUAAAGAAAUGAUUAAAUUGUUAAGCUGCCCCCAGUGUUGAAGGGGCCGCCUCUAUUUGUAUAUAUCUGUACACAUGUAUUUGCAAUACUUUUUUUUGAGUUUUGUGUUUGGGUGCAUGACGAUUAGGACAGGAAACUAAUGCCAGCCAGCAGAUCAAUCCUGCUCCAUUUUGACUGAAAUUCUGCAAUUAGAGGAUGUUUUUUCCUAAAUUGGUCCCUGCCCUUUUAUGGAGAAAAACUACACUGGUUGAUAGCGUUUCCUGCUCUUGUGUUGAGUGCUUGAGUGUGAGUGAGUGAUGCAGGGGCGAAGGUGGUUCUUUUAAUGGUUUUAAUUUGAAAACGUGAGCUUGCUUGAAACAGUGACAAUAGUCAGGUUUCCAUACACCUGAGUAUGUAGUUGAACAUGAGACAUGCCAAAUGUCAAAACCUAAUGAUUACACUUUCAAUGGCCAGUUUUAUACCAGUCUUUUUCCGGGUAGAUGGACUUAUAAACAGUGUUUUUUGGAAAUAAAUGAAUGUUCAUUUUAAGGUUUUAUAUGUCAUGUUUCAUCAUUGCAAGUUUUGUACUGUUUUACUGCACAAACUAUAAUGAAAACACUAAAAGCCUCUCAUUUUAGAGGCUUAUUACAAAUCGUCUGUGAUGAGAUCAAACUCAUUGUUCCAUGAUGGACAGCUCAGUGCAUCUUAUCUGAACUUUGAAAAUGUCAGUGUUUCACCUCAGCUGAUGAAGGCCUGACUAUUGUGAGUUUUUGGAUUCACAUACAGUUUACUGUGGUUAGGUUCAAAGUUACAAAUUGUGUUCACUGAGCGUGUGUGUGUUUGGUGUGUCUGAUCAAAUGACGUUCACAAAGUCUGUUUAGAAAAUGGGAGACAGUUAUUUGGUCAUCUAAAUCAUGACAUUGUUCUAUUCUGUGAUAAGCAGUUGGAUGUAGUUCAUCAAUUGUUUCCAAAGUCUGUCUCUGUCCCUCCACUGUUUUUUUGUGGUGCUUGCAAAGCGAUACCUAAUACAUACUGGAAAAAAUGCUGGGCAGGAAGUCAAUGUGAGGAUGACAAUAAUUCUUUCUUUUUUUAAACUUUUUUAUGCUAUCUGACCGUGCAUGAUAAGUGUACAGUGUAUGAUUUCUCAGACUGCACCUACAGGGCUACAGCAGGCUGGUACCACAUGACUUGAGGUCAGAAGGACUGCCACUGGCCAGCACUGAUCUCAAAUUCCCAGUGUAAUGACAAUGAUAACUGAAUCCGAUUGGGACAUCCAGCCCAUGCAGUCUAAACUCAUCAUGGAACCACAACACUCUCACUUCUUUAUGGAUUGAAAUUACACUGAUUUUAUAUACAUGUAUGUAUACACAUAUUUGCUGUUAAAAAGCAAGUAUAUAUGUGCAUAAAUACAUUUAUGGUAUAUGAUAUGGCAAGAAAAAUAAAUUGAGUUCAUUUUUUUACUAGAAAGUUGAUUUGUUUUUACCCCAUUGUUUGUAAACAUUUUCUUUUGCAUUAGUGCUUUAUUUUUAUUUUUUCCCAUCCAGCUGAGGACCUUACUCUGUUGAUGCAUUGAUAUUAAGGCUGAAUGGAUUCUGUAUAGACAAAUGAUGAAUAAAUAAAUUAAGAACUGUGUAGUGAAACAUGAAUCCUGAAGCGCUUGAUCUCGGACACCGUCUCCCUGUGCCCUGUCCUCUUUAUCCUUGUUCAGGAUUCUGAUGUAAAUAAACAUGACUCUUAACUGUA